CAUUUCCAAUCUGGACCGCAAUGGAGGAAACCUCUUCCAAGCAGAUAUGGCCGUUCGGCUGCAAAGGCGAAGGCGAAGACGUGCUCACAACCGAGGGCAAAACCUCGCCCACUAUCAGCCAACUACUGGAGAGGGCGGAGGUGGACGCUGGGGAGUAUUCUUUCGGCGGGCAGACCACACUCCUUCCUGCUAUUCCCGGACUUUUCAUUGAGGGAAUUGGGUCGAUCCCUGUGCCGUUGACUGCAGAGAGGAAAGAUAAAUUACUUGCAAUCAGCGAACAAGUAACCAGCAGCUCAUGGAAACUUCGAACGAGUCAAGUGACCAUGAAAAACCCAAAGUGGGUGGCUGGAAUGCGGAAAUUGGGUGAUAAAGUGGGUGAUAGACUGGGGUUCAAGCGGAUUAAACUACAGUGCGAGUUGAAGGAGCUGCUUGUAUUUGGACCAGGAGAGAAGACUGACAGGCAUCAGGAAAACAACGAGGACGGCGUGGUGGCCACGAUUGCGGUGCAGCUGCCGUCGGAGCAUUCGGGCGGAGAGUUGGUCGUUUACAGAGGACGAGAACUGCAGUUCCGACAUGAUUUCGGGACAGCAAAGAACGCCGCUGCCUUCUUACCGCAUUAUGCUGUGUACUUUGCAGACGCUCCACAUGCUAGAGAAGAGGUGACGAGUGGGUAUCAGCUGAUCUUGAAGUACUCACUUACAUUACCAAGUGAGAUAAAACACUUGAAAGAAGCCAAGGGAGAUAAACCAUUGAGCGAAGAACUGGCAGAAGUAUUGAAGCAGAUCGAGCCAGAGGACGAGUGUUUUGCCUUACUGUUGGAGGGUCAGUACAAGGAGGAAGAUGUUCGGACUCAAGGUACUGAUGCACUUAGCAAAAUGGACAAAACGAGAUACCGAGCUCUACUGGAAGCCAACAGUUUGAUUCCCGAAGACAAGGUGCUAGUGUUUCAUAUCGCACAACUCUGCCAUGCUGUCCAACAAUAUGACGGUACAUUGGGGGCUCACAAAAAUCCCAAAUGGAAGGCAAAAUAUGCGUUCUGGCAGGACUACGAUCGAAAAGACUUCGUUGUGUGGUAUUCUGUUGACGGGAAGAAGUACGGUGACGCCGUUAGAACGAUGUACGUCAAUGAUAUCGACGGUCCCAGCGAGGAAGAAGCAGGUGCUCCAACGUUCACGCCAACAUUCUUGAACCCUGGCAGACUGACGCUAUCAGAGAUAUGGAAAGCCAACGGUUAUAAGCUGUAUGAUGGCUUCAGUGGUGAUCGAAUGAAAGGAACGGUUGCUCUCCGAUAUGCUGUGUUUGCCUGGCCUGCAACAAAGAAUAUGGAUUACACUUUCAAGUUCGCCAACAACGAGGCAGCGGCCGCUGUUCUCCAAGGCCAAGAGUGCGUUGAUGCAAACAGUCUGCGUAAAUUUAUGGAAAGAGCUAGCGAAGAGGCAGCAAAAAAGAAGCGACUCGGAUCAUCUCGCCGGUAUAAUCGCGAGGAUCCCAAGCUUAACACGUUGAGCUUUUGCCAAAUGAUGACCGAUUUGAUAGUGAAGGCUGGUGACGCAACUUUGGUUGGCCUAUUGUUGGAAAAAUUUGUCAUUGGAGUGGACAAGAAAAUCAUGUUCGCUGACGGUAUUGCAUCGCUAACCCAGGCUUUCGAGUGGGCAAGCGUCAAAGAUGCUGUACUGAACGCUCUGAAUACGUCGAAAGUGAAGUACAGCUACAGCUGGGAAGCAGAUGAGAGUAUUCAGUUGAUUUUACAAGUGCUAAAACGUCUGAAACGUGGCGAAGCCCAGACAGCACUACUAGAAGAGGCAGUGAAAAAGGCCAUCAACUUCCCUCCAAAAAUACUAGUGAAGGCGCGGUGCCGGAGCCUGCUCAUCAAAUUGACCAUCGAGUAUGGUGAUGUGGUGAUUCUCACUCGUCUGGUGGACCAUUUCAAAACAAUCAAGCCAAACGACUUAAAUACUGUCAUCAAGGCGGUCUCGGAACAUGCUACAGAUUUGAAUCCAAACGAUGAAAAAUUCGCAGUUUUAGCGUCGAUUGUCGAGCCGCGUUUGGAGUGGCUGAACCAACAACUGGACAAGCUCGACAAACCGUUUUCAUGGGAAAUGCCUGAUGCGAUUUUCGUUGACAAGGCGCGCGUCCAAGCCUUUCUCCGAGGUCCUGAGAUUGUGAUGACAACUCGAGGUCUGGUUUACUUUAGAGACUUGCAGCACGCCCAACGGUGGACGCGCCACACUCAAGAGAACGCGUCGUUUGAGCUGACAGCGGAAGGAAGUGGUCAUGACGCGUUUGUUACGAUUACCAAAGCAAGACCCGUCAUCUUUACGAGAAACAACAAGCACACGUGACAAAGCUGAAGGAGGAAAAAGAACUGUUGCUCACAAAUCGAUUCAAAGAUUUAGCGGACAACAGAGGUAAGAAACGCCAUCGUGAAGAAGAUGAAGUUCAAGAUGGAGAUGCUACCAUGGAAUAAUCCGUGCUCCUACGGAGAAGUUCAUUCACGACACUAUUGAGAAGUGCGAUUUCUAUUAAGGUCUGUCUGUGAUCGUUCGAUGGGACAAAAAGUGGUAGUUUUCACGCCACUUUGGAAAAAAAAAUCUUCUGUUUUUCAUUAAAGGGAAUUUCCCAGUAAUUGCAAGCAUAAGUGUCGACAUUUGAUUGAUGUUUUGAGCCAACCCGAUGGAUCGUUUUUCUGAUGAAGUUACCACGGUUGGAUUGUUCUCGUUUCUUGGAAUCGCACUUUGACAGACACUGAUCACCCAAAAAUUUCCAAGCCUCAUUUGUCAUUUUUCAUUUUCGUGGAUACCCCUCACGCAUUUAGUGAUGAUGAACUUCGGCAUGGAGUCCCUACUACGCAAGGCCGCGUCAGCUGGCCCUCCACAACGCGAGCAAGAGAAGGAUUUUGAGAAAGGAAAAUGGCCUUUCGGCAGUCAAGGUACACCCGAUACUGUGC